AACAAAAUAAUCCCCCUCCCCACCUACCGCAAGGAAGUAAAUGGAGAGAUCAACGGAAAUGGAUGUGGGUACGCCAAGCUUUGUUGCGGGGCAACGUCCGUCGGGAGCCGUGGACCGAUUGUUUCAGUCGAGCGUUGGCUCGGCGUCCAGCAUGGCGCGCUCUGACGAGGAGAGCCUGGUGCCGUCGGAGGAUGUGCCGUCUCGCCACUCGGUCGUCUCGGACCUGGAGCCCAUGUUCCGGCCGCUGCGCGUCACACCCUGCAUAGCCGUCCACAUGGUGCUGCUGGUGGCGCUGCUGCUGGCUGUGCUGCUGCUGCCGUUCCCCUUCUUCUGCAAAUAUGACGACUGCGGCCUGGAGACAUGCACACUACAGACGCUGCUGCACAUCGUUACCUGGAUCUGCAGCGGGGUGCUGCACCUGAUUCUGCACCGCCUGCACUUCGACUCAUACAUCCACGGCUACUCCGAUUUUCACCAGGCGUCACGGCUGCAUCGGAAGCUCCCGGCGGUUGUCUACUCAGUCGGAAACGUGCUGCUGCUGCUGUUGUCGCUGAUAAUGCGCGAGCUACCGCCGCCGUCCGACCCGAACCCGUCGCCCCUGCCGGGCGAGUGGCCGCUCUCGGCGUUCCACUACGUCCAGUUGAUGGUCACGCUGGAGACCAUCGUGCUGCUGCCCGUGCUGGUGCAGUACCUGCGUCUGGUGCUGCGCUUCAACGCGGCCCGCUGCCCGCCGGACGUGGCGGAUGAGGAUGCCGAGCUGCCGUCGCGCGCCCUGUCCCGCUCGCACCGCCCCAGUAAGGACGACGCCGCCUACGUCAGACGGCUGCUGCGCCGCCAGGCCGACUGCAUCCAGGCGCUGCGCGCGCACAACACCAUGCUCGGACGGAAGAUCGUAGACCAGCACGAGAGGCUGACGUCCGCUCGGCUGCGCGCCGAGGGAAGCGGCCAGAGUCCGCAGGCGUAGGCAGCUGCCGGCGCAUGUGGUGCUUGACUGAGUGUGCUGGUGCGAGUCCGGAGCCCACCGGUGAUUGACCAAAGUCCUCGGAUGUGGACGUCCAAAGUCGGCUGGCGCAUGGGUCUGGAGAACACCGUCUUGGGCGCGGUAGCCACUGGACGGUGGUUCUCGGCAGGCGCGCUGGUGCGCUCGAGGCAGGAGCAACGGCGCCGCACGCUGCGUCCGACCGAGGCAGGACGCGUCGUACAGGCAGGGUCUCGGCGCGGCGCAGAAAGGUGUGGUCUUCGGAAACUGCACCUUUUCGUCGGUCUCCGGUUGACACUGGCAGGGUCAUUGGCAUUGGCGCCUUCCACUGCCCUCUCGGAGACCUCAGUGGACCCGAAGGAUUCGGUGGACCUGCAUUUGUCGGGGACGGACCGGUUGGCGGGCGUAUUAGCGGGCGCUGACUGCCACUCACCGCCUAUUCGCUGAUCUUACCUUCGCAGCUGCGGCUGCACUGCGCGUACUCACUCUCGAAUACCUUGAGCCGGCCUGUGCUCUGGAUCGUGCUCUGAUCUGGUGGCCUCCUGUGGUGGACGCCUGCGUUACCCCGAGUUGGGACGGCCAAGAAGCUGCUUGUGUGGGGUUUGAGUGUUCAUUAUGUAACGUAUGCCGUACAAAUACAGACAUCGCUUGCUUUUU